AAUUGAAAACUUUAUUCUAUAUUCGGGACGCGCUUGCAACGAUAAAAGCGCCUUCAGUGUGGCUUUUCAGCCAACCAGAUGAUUUUUAAGCCACCUUUAGAGGCAGUUUCAUCCUAAGCUUGUAAACGCGUUCUGAACAUGGGCCUGUAUUACUGGCUUAUAUUAGUGUGUCGCAUACAUGUGUUAUUGGGCAGCAUUAGAGAGUAUCUCGUUCACGAUCUUUCGUCGGAUAUAAUCGUCCGAAGUAAUGCUGUGGAUAGUGUGAAGUAUACUGUGUUGUGAUCAGGGUUGGGUAGGUAUAAUAUGUGAAGUAUACCUAUGUAAUACCUGUGUUUUAUACGUAUUAUACCCGUUUUAUACGUAUUAUACAUGUAGGAAACUGCUCCAACAUCCUAACGACCCAACCCUGGUUGUGAUUAUCAUUUGAACAAACUUGUAAAUUAGUGCGGUUUUAAACUAAGUCAAUCGCUUUCUCCAAUCUCUCAUAGUUACAGUACGUUUGAAAUAAGUGAUAAACAUUGUUGGAUAUUAUUAGUAACGAGUUUUCAGCUCUUCCGGUUUAUAAAUGUUAUACUUACGUGUUGGGUGUCAAUUAUGAUGAACGCUGCAUUUUAAUUCUGUGAAUCAGUCUUUUUAUGCAUAAGUGUGUAAGAGACAAAAGAAAAGAAAGAGACAAAAUGUGAAUCUUACUGGAAAUAUAUUUAAGUUGCUAAUAAUUUUCUUUAAAGAUUACAAGAGAGAAUGGCACAGAGAUUUCCUGUACCAAAUGCAGGAAGCAAUGGACCACCUCCUCAACGAUAUCCACCGUCAUCGGUACCACCAAAUUUACGGCAGUACUCUGGACCGAAUUUCCCAAUGCAGCAGAGAUCUGGAUUCACUCCGCCGCCACAAAUGGGUAAUGCAGGUCCUGGUCCUGGAGGGAUCAUGAGACCAAACCAACCUUAUACAACUAUGCGUCAAGGUCCAAUGCCUACACCACCAGUUGGGAAAAGAAGCGCAGAUCAGAGAAUUCCUAUGUCACAGCAAAAACCUGAUUUUUCACAUUCCACAUCAAAGAAAAAGAAGAAAUUGGCAGACAAAAUACUACCUCAGAAAGUUCGUGACCUGGUGCCGGAGUCGCAAGCUUACAUGGACUUGCUCGCGUUUGAGCGGAAACUGGACGCGACUAUAAUGCGAAAACGUCUCGAUAUUCAAGAAGCUCUGAAGCGACCGAUGAAACAAAAACGGAAACUGCGCAUUUUCAUAUCAAACACGUUCUACCCAGCUAAAGAGGCGGGCGAAGGGGAAGAGGGUUCCGUAGCAUCCUGGGAGCUCAGAGUCGAAGGACGACUUUUAGAUGACACUAAAAAUGAUCCCAAUAAGGUGAAACGAAAGUUUUCGUCUUUCUUCAAAAGCUUAGUAAUCGAGUUGGACAAAGAUCUGUAUGGACCUGACAAUCAUUUGGUCGAAUGGCAUCGUACAUUGACCACUCAAGAAACUGAUGGAUUCCAAGUUAAACGGCCGGGAGACAAGAAUGUUCGUUGUACCAUUCUUCUUCUCCUUGAUUAUCAACCAUUGCAGUUCAAAUUGGAUCCGAGAUUAGCGCGGUUAUUGGGCGUGCAUACCCAAACGCGGCCUGUCAUUAUAUCUGCGCUGUGGCAAUACAUAAAGACGCACAAGCUCCAAGACAGUCACGAGAGAGAAUUCAUCAACUGCGACAAGUACUUGGACCAGAUAUUUGGCUGUCCGCGAAUGAAAUUCGCCGAAAUACCGCAACGAUUGAAUCCAUUACUGCAUCCGCCAGAUCCUAUCGUGAUAAAUCACGUUAUAAGUGUAGAAGGCACGGAAACUAAGCAGACCGCGUGCUACGACAUCGACGUGGAAGUCGAUGAUACACUGAAGACGCAAAUGAACAACUUCCUCCUGUCAACCGCGAGCCAGCAGGAGAUUCAGAGUCUGGACAACAAGAUUCACGAGACCGUCGAAACGAUUAAUCAGCUGAAGACCAAUCGCGAGUUUUUCCUAAGUUUCGCCAAGGAUCCGCAGCAGUUCAUUAACAAGUGGAUAAUUUCGCAGACGCGGGAUUUGAAGACGAUGACGGACGUCGUCGGCAAUCCGGAGGAGGAGAGGAGGGCGGAAUUUUAUUAUCAGCCGUGGGCGCAAGAGGCCGUGUGCCGUUACUUUUACACGAAAGUGCAGCAGAAGCGAGCGGAGUUGGAGCAGGCAUUGGGCAUCAGGAACUCGUAAAACUAUUGAGCUUACAUUCGAACAUCUUACCGUACAACUAUGUAAAGUACUCGUAAGUGUCCGCCGUUAUAAUUAUCACGACACGCAAUGCUAUCACGUUUCUGGUCUUUUAAAACAUACAUUUGUAAUAUUACAAUUUGUAACAUUAAUGUAUACUACGCGAAUAAAAUUGCAUUUAUCUAUCAUGAAGCGAAUUUUACGUUUGUGAAAACGGAUUACUCUUUUCUAAUUUUGUACCGGUUCUAUCGUAAAUCUCGGUGAAAUUUUUAUUAAAAUAUUGAUGGUAAAUUUUAAAUUGGUGAAAAGUGCAGAACUUUUAGUAUAUUCGGAAUAAUUAUUUUCUCCGUCAUGUCUCUUUGUCAUAGCAUUAACGUAACAAAUUCCGAUGAUUUAUUUUUAUAUAAUUGCAUAAAAUGCAAUCAUAUAUAUAUAUAUAUAUAUAUAAUAAUUAUAUUAAAAGUUCAGUCUUCACGAUAAUUUAUUCCUUAUUGAAAUGCAGUUUCUUCGUAUAAAUAAAGACAAUUACAUAUCAUUUUCCGUACCGUUGUACACAUUUGCUAUAUAUUUCUAAUAGAUGCGUGAAAUCUUUCACUGAAAUAUCUUUCAAUGAAACAUUGACGGACAGCGGCAGCAUU